GCGGUCCCCAUGCCAUGGCAGUGCACACGUGCAUGGUUAAUUAGGAAUAGCAAUUCAAUAUGGAGGAGGACAGUGUGUGGAAGGUAUAUCCUGACACUGGCUGCCUGUUGUGUCUUGCUCAAGCAGAUGACAGUGCCUAAAAGAAGGGGGCUUGAUUCUUGCCCACUUUCUGCCUUUGGGUAAUGGGAUGAAGACAGGGGACUCCUAGUUGCUUGACAAAUGCCUUGCUUCUGAUUUCACCGCCAAACUAUUUAAAGUCAAAUUGUUUUCUUGUGGUUUAUCCAUGCCCAGCUGUCAGCAUUUUCUGAACCUUGGUGCUGAAAGUGCAGUUGUUUCAUUUCCCCUUAUAAGACUCUUAGUGCUGCAGUGUUUGCUUUUCAGAUGCAGAGCAGGGAUGUGUGCCUGUAAGAACACCAAUGUUUUCGAUUUCUUUUUUUUUCUUGGAAGAAAUGUCAUGUCUGUGGUUCUCUCUCUUCCCCCAGCCGUAUCCGGGCAGCCUGAGAUUGCAAGAUUGCAGUUUGGCCCAACAGAGAGACUUUAAUGUCCCUAUCCUGCAGUCCAAGCUGAAGCAAUGAGCUGUGAUUGCAGGUUAAAUGGGAGCAAAGAAAGGGCAAAUGAUUUCCACAGGUCUCAACAGAGUCAAAAGACAAUCCCUGUGCCAGAGGAGGCCACUUCAGUGGGGUGACAAGAGCCACGACAUGGGUACUGCACUUCCAUUCCUUGUAGCUCACCCUCUGGCCCAUCACCUCGUUGCUGCUCCUCUGGGGCUUUGGUGGUUAAUACCUGAAGAGGAGGACUUCUUUCUGUGGAGGAAGUCACCCAGGAGCGUGGUCUGGAAGCGGGGUGUGCCUGGUUCGUGCAGCGCCAAAUGCGAGACAGGCAGACACAGCCCACAGGAGUUGAGAGUCGGUGUCUCUGGCUGUAAAACAGCGGCUCAGCACUGGUUGCUAAAUGGCCUCAGGUAUGGAUGGGAAGAAAUGCAGCGUGUGGAUGUUUUUACCUCUUGUCUUUACCCUGUUUACAUCAGCUGGAUUAUGGAUAGUGUACUUUAUAGCAGUGGAAGAUAACAAAAUUCUCCCACUAAGUGUACCAGAUAGGAAACCUGGUCCCAAAAGACCGCCUUAUAUAAGUAUUGCAGGUGAUGCACCUCCUGCAAGCUGUGUGUUUAGUCAAGUCAUGAACAUGGCAGCAUUUCUAGCACUUGUUGUGGCUGUCCUGCGCUUCAUUCAGCUGAAGCCAAAGGUGCUCACCCCUUGGCUGAACAUCAGCGGCUUGGUGGCUCUGUGCUUGGCCUCUUUUGGGAUGACCCUACUCGGCAACUUUCAGCUCUCCAAUGAUGAGGAGAUCCACAAUGUGGGCACAUCACUGACCUUCGGCUUUGGGACACUGGCAUGCUGGAUCCAGUCUGCCCUUACCCUCAAGAUCAACCUGAAGAAUGAGGGGCGGAAAGCUGGGAUUCCACGAGUGGCUCUCUCAGCCAGCAUCACCCUCUGCGUGGUGCUCUAUUUCAUCCUUAUGGCCCAGGGCAUUCAUAUGCAUGCUUCCAGGAUCCAGUGGGGACUAGUGAUGUGCUUCCUGUGCUACUUUGGCACCUUUGCAGUGGAGUUCAGGCAUUACAGAUUUGAGAUAAUUUGUUCUGAGUACCAGGAAAACUUUCUGAGCUUUUCUGAAAGCUUAUCAGAAGCCUCUGAGUACCAGACAGAUCAGGUGUAGCCUGUCCUCUGGCAGGGGGGAGGGGGGCAGGUGUGGUCUCAUGGGUGAAACAUGACCUCAUUUACACUUUUUUUAUGAGUUUAUUUUCAUGUGCAAUCAUGAUGGCAUUGCCAAAGGGCUCUGAGGGUGGCUGUCUCACUAAGAGCCAAACAGAGGUGUCUGCUGGAAGAGGAGUGGAUCCAUCUCAGCAACAGCGUGAGAGAGCACAAGCUGCUUAGUUUGUGCCACCCAGUGACUCUUUCUGAGUGGCUCUCUCACACUCCUGUUGCUCAAAACAUUCAGCAGUCUGUCCUUGUGAUGCCCCUCUGAGGCUGGUCCUGCUCAGCCCACCCUGCAGGGAAGGAGGUGAAGGAAGCAGACUUCUAACAGCAAGAGUCUUCAGGAGCCACCUGUUCCCAAGUCACCAGACUGCAUCUUCCGUGUGUUUCCUGGGUUGUUUUCUUUGCUGCCAGCUGAGGGAGCUUGGUAAGGGGAGCAAGAGCAGCUGUUUCUUCAGAACCUGGAAUCAGACACAAGACCCAAGUGGACUGGCUUUUAUGGCAAGCAGGCAGGCAUUUCUUCCAGCCCGGAAAGCGGCCGAUGGUAAAUUUGGGUUUGGAAGGAGCUGUGCUGUGAUCAGGAAGUGGGACUUGGCUGGUGCUGCCUUGUAGCCAGGCAGAUCAUCCCCAGGCCAGAGGGGGUGACAGUGGGAUGCUGUGCUUGGCUUCCUGGUGGGCACUGGUGGGAGUGAGGUGCUGAAUUGAGAUGAGAACAUCUGUGUGCUCUGAAGGCGACCCAGAAGAGGCUGCUUCUUCCAUGUGUAGUGCUUCCACCACACAUUGUGUAUAGUAUUGCAAAACCUUUUUAAAAUUUUUUUUAUGUUCACUGAGGGGGAAAACAUUGUGUUAGAGACACCAGGCUCAUCUGCCAUGAGAACAGUACCAGUGCUUCUGGGCACAGGGUUUGGUUUUGUUCCUUGUGCAAGCCAAACUUUAGACAUGCUGGUUUGGGCUCUGGGUCCCUCAGGGUGGCCAGCUAUCCUGAGUGGAGCCUGCUGCAGGUUUAAAUGGGCUUCCAGGGUGCCAGGAGGGAGUUCUGGCACAGAGGCUGGCUGAUCUGCCUGAGGGCUGGAGGUGUGAGGAGGGAACAGCAAAACCAGAAGGGCUUCUCCCUCCCUAAAGGGAGGUCUUCAAACAGAAGGUCUGUUUUCAGAGGAGCUCAAAACCUGAUUUUGGGAAGUCUGCUGUAUUGCUUGGAUAGGGGAGUGAUGGGAGUUGCUUCUCAUGAACAUGGCUCCUAUUUUCCUCCAUAAACCAGGCUCAGCUUAGUUGUACAUCUUGUCUGAGCUGCAGGAAAACAAGCAGAAAUUAAAAUGGUAGGAAAAGGCACUUGAAGGGGAACUCAUACUGCUCUGUGGCAUUUCUGACAGAGAGGGAAAAGGCUAAAGGGCAUUUAGUCUUUUGCAAAUGUCACAGGCCUCUCCUGAGAGGAGAAACAGUUGAGACAAACUCUGUGUUAAGUAGAAAGCUUUCAGCCAGCCCUUUAUUUUUUGUGCACCAAAACUUGUUCUCAGGCAGCUGUUACAAAUCCAGAGGAUUUUUGGCCAACAGAAGGUUGUUGUGGAUUGCUGAAGGCUUCCUCCUUGUAGCAGUCAUGAGUGGAAAGCUUUCCCAGAAGGAUGUGCUGAGAGUGGCCAAGGACACAGCAGUGUGAAGUGCCAGCUCCCUAGAGGCUCAUGCAGGGAUCUCCUUCUGGGCAAGGACAGGAGGGGACAGUCUGGAGAACAUGCAGGUGGGAUCCUCUUGCACUGGCACACACUCAAUCCAUUUGGAGCACAAAAUAGCAAUUUGUUGUAAGGGCGUUUUACUGUAAAUAGUCCACUGUGUCUUUUUUUCCCUAAUUAAUUAAUGCUUUCAGGUUUUUAUUUUAGCUUUUGUAAUUUUAUCAAAGAAAAAAAAAAGAUGAUGAUGUGGUUAUUUUUUUUCCUUUUGCUCCUUUUCCUAUAUGCAAUCCAAACUGAACCUCGGGUUUUUAGUGAUAAAUCUGUACAUUUCUUAAGAGUAUUUCUAACAGCACAUUUCAGUACAACUAAAUGACAACCGAUGUACACUAAAACAUGACCACUAAAUAAAGAGCUUUUAUGGAGAAA